AACUCGUAUACCAGGAAGCGUUUGUAGCGGCUGGCGGACGUUUUGCUGUUCCUGUUCGGUAGGACUAAGUCAAAAAGAUGGUUGGGAACAUUUUGUUUCGUUGUAUUUUGGGACCGAAGCUGUUCCGUACUUAUCGAGACCCCGAUCGGCACGGGUCUACAAGAGGCAGCCGGCAAGGACUACAGUACCAACCCAAUGGCCUGGAGAGGCAUGCGGACACCAUACUUGGCUUGGCUUCAGUGCUGUGGUCCUUUUCCUACUACACUUCACCUCUUAUUUUUCUCUACCUCUACAGGAAAGGAUAUUUGAUAACAUCAAAGUUGGUUCCUAUGACACAGUAUGCUGGAACCUUCCUGCUGGUGCUGGCUGGUGUGGCUUGUUUAAGAGGGCUAGGACGGUGGACCAAUCCCGAAUAUCUACAAUUCGUUGCUAUUCUAGAAGAAACUAAGAAAAACAAUUCCCUUGAAAAUAAGAGGAAACUGUCUUACUAUAACUUUGACUUUGGGAGCUGGCCAGUAGAUUUUCGCUGGGACGAGGUCAGUAGUGGCAAAGGGCAGAAGUAUUCCAAGGCUGGAGUGUCCCUUCUAAAACCUGAGCGCAAACACCGGGGUGCCACAGACAGUGUGCUGAGUACAAUCAAGAAACUGCCAUGCCAGAUCAUCGGCUACAUAUUUGCACAUACUUUUGGAAGGCGGAUGUUGUAUCCUGGUUCUGUAGCUCUUUUACAGAGGGCUGUCCAUCCCAUGCUGUUACAGGGUCAAGCACGCUUACAUGAAGAGUAUCAGGGAAAGCGUGCAAAGCUUUUGGCAUGUGAUGGGAAUGAAAUUGAUUCAGUAUUCGUGGAUAGAAGGAUGGCAUCUGAGAGGGGUAGGAAACUGGUAGUUUGCUGUGAAGGAAAUGCUGGUUUCUAUGAAGUUGGCUGCAUGUCAACACCCCUUGAAGCUGGGUAUUCAGUGCUGGGCUGGAACCACCCAGGCUUUGCUGGCAGCACGGGUGUUCCUUUCCCUCAAAAUGAAGCCAAUGCUAUAGAUGUGGUGAUGCAGUAUGCUCUUGAACACCUUGGAUUUAACAUUCAAGAUAUCAUUGUUUAUGCUUGGUCAAUUGGUGGCUUCACAGCUACAUGGGCAGCCAUGUCAUAUCCAGAGAUCCAUGCACUGAUUCUUGAUGCUUCAUUUGAUGACCUGGUCCCGCUUGCUUUGAAGGUCAUGCCAGAGAGUUGGAGAGGACUUGUGACCCGAACAGUGCGAGAAUACAUGAAUCUGAAUAAUGCCGAGCAGCUCUGCAAAUAUCAAGGACCAGUGUUACUUAUCCGGAGGGUCAAGGAUGAAGUCAUCACUACCACUGGCCCUGAAGACAUCAUGUCCAACAGAGGGAAUGAUCUUUUACUGCGCCUUCUUCAGUACAGGUAUCCAAAAGUAAUGUCUGAAGAAGGUGUGAGGGCAGUCCGUGAGUGGCUGGAAGCUAUCAGUGCCAUUGAAGAAGCCGCAGUGUACAGCAGCUAUGAAGUAGAUGAUGACUGGUGUAUAUCAGUUUUCCAGUCUUACCAGUCGGAACAUGGUAGCAGUUUUCCUUGGAGUGUAGGAGAUGACAUGACAUCAGAAGGAAGAAGGCAACUCGCACUUUUUUUGGCUCGGAAGUAUUUGCACAACUUUGACUCCACACACUGCACUCCACUACCAGCUCAGGAGUUCCAGAUGCCUUGGACUUUGUAGCAACAGGGAUGAAAGAAGAGACCAGAAAAAGAGAGAAUGAAAGCAGAUCUUGGCACUUGGCCAGAAUUAAAGAAGCUGCUGUGUUCUGGCAUAUUCGUUAUUUUGCUGGCAUGACCUUACUCUGCUGCCUUAAGCUGAAGGCAGUCUAUGGUGGCUGUAACAGUGAUCACAAUUCCUUGAGCUGAUAUUAAUUUAUGGGAAAGGUGUCUUGUAAAUAAAUGAAGCUGAUUUUAUUACCCAGUUUAA